CAGAGCUCUCCGUUAAACAUGAAACAGGCAAGAAAAGUGCCGCAUUGAGCUUUCGCGAGCUUUUCACGAGCGCGGGAAUUUAUUGACUGUUACGAUAUUAUUUUCAUUUUUUAGAAUCACAAUCGAAGUUUGAAUACGGAAUCCUGAAUCUAUUUUCAAUUUGACGGACUUUUGAAACGAGUUUAAUUUUAAAAUUGGAAUGUCUAAAAUGGACUUGAAAAAUUGUGCGUUUAAAAAGUAAAUAUUGUUUUUUUUUUUAAUUAGAAGUCAAAUAAAAUCGAAGAUGUCGUUAGGGAAACAGCCUAAUGAGCAUAUAAAGAGGCCAAUGAAUGCGUUUAUGGUGUGGUCUAGAGGGCAACGCCGGAAGAUGGCACAAGAUAACCCUAAAAUGCAUAAUUCUGAGAUUUCUAAACGUUUGGGCGCCGAGUGGAAGUUGCUGACAGAGAUGGAGAAAAGGCCGUUCAUUGAUGAAGCUAAAAGAUUGAGAGCACUGCACAUGAAAGAGCAUCCUGACUACAAAUACCGUCCAAGGAGGAAACCCAAGGCGCUGGUCAAGAAAGAGCCCAAAUUUGGCUUCGGCAUCACCGGCCUCAUGGCUCCAGUGCCAAGACUAGUGGCGCCAUCUGUGGCACAUCCAGUACCCCAGUUGCCGAUGCCGCAUCAUUUGCUCCAGGAUAAGCAGGAGUUGGGCAGGGCUCUGUUCCCCCCGCUGCCGUACCCUUUCUACCCUUUCGCGAAGAUACCCUCGGACGAUGGGAAAUUGGCGGCUGAGUUGGCGCAUUUACAGGCCCUUUACGGUGGCGCCCUCUACAGCAGCGCUUUAUACAACAGUGCAUUAUCUCCUUGCGGCUGCCCCCCUCGAAGGACGCCUUCCCCCCCUCCCGCCGACGUCAAGCGUCCAGUGGCAUACGUGCUGAUGAAGAGUGAUGAAGAACCCCCUCAGCACGUUAUAUGAAGGCCGGUGCCGCUCCCCGCCCGGCCCUGGGCGAACCAUUGGGAGCGACCUUCCACCUCCGUUUAUGAGAGGGACACCAGCUCUCCGGAUAGCGUCUAAAUGUGAUGAGGUGGAUGUCAUGUCGGAAGCAUUAGCAGCAGUUGUUUGAAGCUCCAAUACAUAUUAUAAUGACGUCUGGUACAACCUUGCUGGGUAGACAUAGGUAAUGGUCUUGAAAUGACUGAAAGGUAACGGUCGGCUGUUUGGCUUAAUUAUAGAAUUGAGAUUCAAAUGGUGUCAGGUUGCUAGCCCAUCGCCCAAAAGAAGAAUCCCAUGGCUUGGCAUUUCAUUAAAUUUCUUCAUUGUUUAUUGAGUUUAGUUUAUAAGCCUAUCCUUUAGUCGCCUUUAACGACAUCCAUGGGACAGAGAUGGAGAUAUCCUAUUCUUUUUUUAUUAGUGCCGAUAACCACACAAUACGUUUAAAGCUCAAAUGGAGAGUUUUUAGAUGAUAUAAUAAUAUUUUUCGGGUAUUUUUGUCCUGCUGGUUCUUUCAAGGCUAUGUCAGGCGUGAUUAUAUGUAUGUACUUUGUCCUGCUAAGAUAAUUGGCAGUGUCUACCAGGACAAAUGCAUUUCCCACCCAUAAUAAAAUGAAAAAACAGAAUUCUGAGGUGAAAGUAAUAUUAAGAACUGAUGUAAUAAUGAUAAAUCAUUUGUAAAUACAGUCAAUUGAUAAAAAAUAUCAUCUUAAUAAAAUUUAAUUGAUUGAUUAUUUGAUGAUAAGGAUUGGUUGCUAACCCUUUUACUGUAAAAAGAUGAACCUGUCCCUUGCAAAUUCAAUCAGGAAAGACACCACGAAAAUGGUGAUAAUUUGUUGACAUGUUACUUGAAUUACUAACUGAAUUUGUGCAAUGAAAACUGUUAUAUUGUGCAAUGUAUAGUGAGUUUGUCCUCUUUAUAUAGACAACAUAUCAUAGAGAAUAGAUGUAACUAAUGUAUAGAUCGUUAGUUAGAAAAAAAAAAUAAGUCAAUUUUGUAAAAAGAUUUGAACAGUUUGACUGCAAUACUGUUCUCUUUGAGUAUAUAUUAUUAAUAUUUAGGAUUAAGAUUGUUGGCUCUGACUGUAGAAUAAAGAUGUGAUUAAAUGUAUGUAUGUAAUGAUUAAUGUCACGUUUGUGAAAUAAAUAACAAAGAUUAAGAAUUAAUAAUGACGACGCUUUUUUGCAAAUUGUUAUUUUUAAUUAAAACCAUUUGUAAGUUAGUUAUUAUAGUUAUUUUUUACUUGCCAUGGUUGCAGUUUCAGAUAACAGAUUUACUUUGCUAUUUUCUGAAAAAUAAAUAAAAGACAACUUAUGACGGCCUCUGUGGCGCAGGGUAGUGCGCUUGUCUGUGACACCAGAGGUCCCGGAUUCAAAUCCAUCGGAAUCGGCCAGGGCAUGAUGAGAAAUAGUAUCGUUGAGUUAGUAUCUCUUAACACAAGUCUCGAACUUACUUCGAGGCUAACUCAAUCUGUGUAAUUUGUCCCUUAUAUAUUUAUUUAUUUUAUUUAUUUCAACUUUGUGUAUGAAACUUUUAACGUAUUCCCUCCCACCUCUAUUGAGUUUGUAAUUUUGUGGCGCCAUGUUAUUUUGUGUGUACCAUAUUAGUCAAAAGUUCCUUUUGUUAAUAUACUGUAGAUGUUAUAGAGUUAGGAAUUAAGCGAACCCAAGUUUAUUUGUUACGUAGUUGUAAUUAAGUUUUUGUUUAGUUUUAUUGUCUUUUAAAUGUUAUUUGUACCCUUGAUUUGUGUUACUAGUAACAGAACCAUGGAAAUAUAAUUUUUGAGAGAAAUCAUAAUAUCAAAAAUAUAGAGAGAGCGCUGUAUGACAAUUUUUUUUAAUAUAUUUUUGUCCAAAGUAUUUCUUUAAGAAUUAACGCUUACAUCUAAAAAUUGCAGGGAUAAGCGACCUUAUGUGUGAAAUUGAACCAAAUAUAACCCACGUUGAAGUUUUAAAAAGAAGGAAAAUAUUAGUAAUUAAUUCACUAAAGUUGCUUUCAACCACACAUAGCUUAAAGACAUAAUAAAAGAAGCUAGAAACUAUUUUUGGUUCUUCCAAUAACCACUAAAGAGGUUGAUAAAUAAAAAUAAAAUUCAAGUUAAAAUUGUAAAUAUAAUAACAAUAGGUAUCUACUUAAUAGAAAAUUAGGACACGAAUGUAUAAUAAUUAUAAUAAACUUAUGAUAUUCCAUUGUAAAGUAAUAAUUAUUAGGAAAUGAUUAAUAUUACGUUUAAGGUUAGUUUUGUUGUUAAAGUUCAUUUGAUUUAUUGUUGUUAAUUUAAAUAACACACACAUACACAUAUGCUCAACAUUCAAUGUGUGUGUGUGUGUGUGUGUGUAGGUAGUUAUUACGUUUUUAUACUUUUGUAUUCUGGUUUCAGUUGAAAUAUAAAUGAAAUAAAUAAAUUAAUCACA